GGGUCAUGUUGGUUAGUGGCUGUGGCUUACAGAAGCUGACAUGAUGCAGGCAGAACAGUAGAGACCGGAUCCCUGACUGCUGGACCUUGCAUGCUGUUUCAUCAUUAAAACAAGCUAAGGAAGAGGAAGACAGAAUCUGUUAACAGGAUCCCUGGAUGCCCGCCGGUGCCCUCGCCCUGGCCGCACAUGCAGACCCAAUGGCCAUCAGAUGACCCCUCCCCCCAGGAUGACGGUGAGAGAGCGGCUUAGGCAGAACAUCUCGGCUGCCUUUUACCGGCAUGGCCUACUAUGCGCCUCCUACCCGGUGCCCAUCAUUCUCUUCACAUCUGCCAGCAUUCUCACCUGCUGUUACCCUCUGCUGAAACUGCCCCUGCCUGGAACAGGACCGGUGGAGUUCACCACUGGAGUACGAGAUUACUCUGUCCUGUCCCAUGAGCCUCAGGGUGACGGGUCGGAGCGCCCUGAUUGGUAUCGGGGUCCUCCGGUGGCGUUCAUCCAGCAGGUGUUAGUCAAGGCAGCAGUCUCACCAUGGGACAACAGUCUGGUUCCUGUGGACGUCUUCCGCUCUCCCCUUGGGCGUGUUUUCAGUCUUUUGGAAGAGAUUAGAAACCAUGUUUACACUGACAGAAGUUUGGAGGCGCUGUGCUUGCAGGUGACAGACCUGUUGCCGGGGUUACGGCGCAUGCAGGCGGUCCUUCCAGAGCAUGGCUGCCUGCUGGUAUCCCCUGGCAACUAUUGGCAGAAUCGGCGCGACUUGUUCGAUUCAGAUCCAGACCUCCAAAAGACAGUGCACCAGCACGAACCCAAAGGCCUUCACACGUCAGCCACCCUGAGAGACUUACUCUUUGGUGUCCCAGGAAAGCAGACGGGUGUGAGUCUGUACAGCAGGAUGCGAGUGGUCACAUACACAAUCACGAUUGCACUAAGCACUUAUGACGCAAGGUUUGUAGCCAGCCUCAGAGCGCGUCUGAAACAGCUUCAUCCUUCAGCAAACUGCAGCCUGCGUGAAGAUCACAUGGUACACGUCCAUUUCAAAGAAGAGAUCGGCAUCGCUGAGCUCAUCCCUCUAGUUACCACUUACAUCAUCCUCUUUGCUUAUAUCUACUUCUCCACGCGAAAGAUUGAUAUGGUGAAGUCCAAAUGGGGCUUGGCACUAGCUGCCGUGGUCACGGUUCUCAGCUCCUUGCUAAUGUCUGUGGGACUCUGCACCUUAUUUGGCUUGACGCCUACGCUCAAUGGAGGGGAGAUCUUUCCGUAUCUAGUGGUGGUCAUCGGUUUGGAGAAUGUCCUGGUUCUUACUAAGUCUGUUGUGUCAACUCCUGUUGACCUUGAAGUCAAGCUGCGCAUUGCUCAAGGUCUAAGCAAUGAGAGCUGGUCCAUCAUGAAGAAUAUGGCUACUGAACUAGGCAUCAUCCUCAUUGGAUACUUCACAUUAGUACCAGCAAUUCAGGAGUUCUGUCUGUUCGCUGUGGUUGGUCUGGUCUCCGAUUUCUUCCUUCAGAUGUUUUUCUUCACCACCGUGCUGUCUAUCGACAUCCGCCGGAUGGAAUUAGCAGAUCUAAACCGGCGACUCCCGGCUGAAGCUGGAAUGCCUCCGCCUAAACCAGGCCCUUUACGUCCACGAGAGACUCCCCCACCACCCCGGCCCUCACCCCACACAAUCACCCUUCAGGCUCCAGCCUUCCGUAACCUCCGCCUGCCCAAAAGGCUCAGGGUGGUGUACUUCUUAGCCCGUACUCGCCUGGCACAGAGAAUCAUCAUGGUGGGCACUGUAAUCUGGAUUGGGAUCCUGGUUUACACCGACCCUGCUGGUUUGAGGACAUUUCUCGCCGCUCAGGUGUCAGAGCAGAGUCCUCUUGGGGAGGCGGGGCUUCCUCCUCACCUGGGCGUGGCUCCAGUACUUCCCGGUGGAGAUCCAACCAGCACUCUGAGCGUGCUCCCUGCCCCUGAGCCCACCCCCAUACCUGAGAACCAAUCCCAAGGUCACCGCCCGCCCAGUCCGGGAGCUCCCCCUGUGUCAAGCCCCCAGAUCACCUGGGGCCCUGAUGACGAGGAGCUGUGGAGGCGACUUUCUUUCCGGCACUGGCCGUCUCUCUUUAGCUAUUACAAUAUCACUCUUGCUAAGAGGACUUACGUUGGUAAGCCCCUCUCUGAUGCCCACAGGUACAUCAGCAUUCUGCCAGUCAUCCCUGUUACAUUGCAUCUCAGCCCACAAGAGGCCAUAGACACUCGCCAUCCUCAAGAUACACAUCACGCUCCUCCCCCCAGCAUCAAGACCUCUGAUCUGCAAACAGACCUCACGCUUUACAAGGUGGCGGCUCUUGGACUUUUCGCUGGCGUGGUGUUGGUCCUUCUGCUUUUCUGUCUGUAUCGAGUGCUCUGUCCUCGAAACUACGGGCAGAACGGGGUGUCCCACGGCCGGCGUCGCCGUGGGGAUCUGCCCUGCGAUGAAUAUGGUUACUCCCCGCCGAUCAGUGAAAUCUCUCCUCUGCUGCUGAGAGGUCACAGCAUGGAUAUUGAGUGUCUGGCCAGUGAUGGCAUGCUGCUGGCCAGCUGUUGUCUGGCGGGACAGAUCCGUGUGUGGGACGCGCAGACGGGAGACUGUCUUACUGUUAUCCCCAACAAAGGUCUGCGCAGGAGUAGCAGCAGUGGUUGCUGGGAACAUCGCGAUGGCUGGGAUCACAUAAACGCUUGUGAGCCUGAUGGCCUCCUGGGGGCGGAGUUCAGGGAGGUAGGGGGUGGGACUAUGGGAGGUUCAGAUGUAGAUAUUUUCCCAAUAAGGAGGAGGAUCACUCCCGCACGGCCCGCCCUGUUUGGGGAUCAGCCGGACCUCACCCCGCUCAUUGACACCAACUUCGUGACCUUGCCCCCUUCUCAGACCGCGAGCAGCUCCGGCUUUGACUUCGGAGGACUGGUGGAGAAGGCGUACCAAGAGCACGAGACCUCACCCCCACUGGCCUUUCCCCCUUCUCCUCCACCGUCACAACAAAGGCGACAUAGCCUGGGGGACCAGCCUGCUCUGCCGUCAGAUCUUUCCCCGCAGAGCAGUGUUGACUGGGACAGCUCAGUUUGGGCCAUGGAGCUGAGGGGUAACCUUAUUGCCACGGGUCGGAGCAGCGGCAAACUGGAGCUGUGGGAUGCAGUAGAGGGAACAUUAAGAUGCUGUAAUGAAGAUGGUGUAUCGGGUAUCACUGCAUUAGCUUUUCUCAACAACAGAAUUGUGGCAGCCCGUUUGAAUGGCUCUUUGGAUUUCUUCACCGUGGAGAUCAACAAACCUCUUGGGUUGCUGCAGUAUCGUGGUCCACCAGGCCGGGGGAGUCUUCCACCCUCACCCUGUUAUAGCAGUGAAGAUGUGAUCAGCUGUCAGCUGACGCGCUCGGUGCAGUGCGCCCACCAGAAACCAAUCACUGUGCUCAAAGCUGCUGCGGGGAGAGUGGUCACCGGCAGCCAGGACCAUACAGUCAGGGUGUACCGUUUAGAAGACUCUUGCUGUUUGUUUACCCUGCAGGGUCACUCGGGUGGCAUUACUGCCAUCUACAUAGACCAGACAAUGGUUUUAGCCAGCGGGGGCCAAGACGGAGCCAUCUGCGUAUGGGAUGUCUUAACAGGCAGCCGCGUGAGCCACGUGUAUGGUCACCGCGGUGAUGUCACCUCGCUGGUUUGCUCGACCUCCUGCAUCAUAAGCAGUGGUUUGGAUGACCUCAUUUGCAUUUGGGACCGUAGCACAGGCAUAAAGCUGUACUCCAUACAACAGGAGGUGGGAUGCGGGGCCAGUCUAGGGGUGAUCUCCGAAAGCUUACUUGUGACGGGAGGUCAAGGAUGUGUGUCGUUCUGGGACCUGAAUUACGGGGACCUUCUGCAGACUGUGUACUUGGGCCAGAGCAGCGAGGGCCAGAGUGUAAGGCAGCUCCUGGUUCUGGACAAUGCCGCCAUAGUCUGUGACUUCGGUAGCGAGCUCAGUCUGGUCUAUGUACCCUCUGUUCUGGAGAAGCUGGAUUGAAAUACACACCAGCCCGAAUACCUCUUGGCCGGUGGAACAGCAAUCCCCCUUUAACUUGUAUGACAGGAGGUUCAUUGUAGACAUGUCUGAUGUCGUCUCAUCCACUGGCCUUCAAGGAGGGAGGAGUUACUGUUAGGUCUUGAUCUGUUCUUCUGGAGCAUUCUGGAUCUUUAGGUAGAACACAACUCCAUCGUACAGUACAGUCUGUAAAUUUUCGUUUUACAUGAAGGUAGCAUAACAGCUGCUGACCGUGAGAGGUGCCUCACUUGGCUUGCCUUAAGAUGUCCGUGUGUGUGUGUGUGUGUGUGUGCGUGCGUGCGUGCGUGCGUGCGUGCGAAGCACAUAGUGAGAAUGCCACGCUGCCUGACACCAUAACUGUGUGACGGCUUGAGACUUCACAUAAUGUGUUUGUAGGUUGAAUGAAGAGGAGGAAGGAGAGAACAAAAGGACAAGGCUUAGAUCUUGGUCAAAGAAUAUGAGUUUGUCUUGGUGUUUGUUUAAAGGAGUUUAAUGCUUUUGUGAGUGUGGUUGUGUGUGUGAUGUCAGAGAUGCAUUGUCAAAAAGCAGAUGUUUGGAGUGGGAGGUUGUCAGUUAUAAUGUUGAAAUCAAUUAUUUAUUAGUAAAAAAUUUCUAACAGUUUGUAUGAAACUUGGCUGAUAGAUAAGCUAAGGUGGAGAUAUUAAGUUUUAAUAUGCAAGUAAACUUGACUAACUUAAACCUUAAUAUAAUAGUCAGUAGCUGUAAAAAACAUGUCAACCUGUUUUCCAUGAGUAUUUUUGUAUUUCAGCCAUCAGUACAAAUGUCCCAGAGUCAAUUAAAUCUUAAUGCAACAAAUGAGGUUGAAUAUUAACACCUUUAAUGGAGAAAUGGUAGAAAGGGCUGCUUUUUAAUGUGUAUUAUUUUUCCCGUUUUGAAUUGUCUGUUUGUUUUAGAACCAUGAGCAGUUUACAGGCGUCACUGAGAUUAUGUUGAGCUUUAGUUGUUACUGUAUGUUUUGAAAUGAUAAAAUGCUAGUCAAUCAAAUCAAGCCCUGAAGAUUCCAUUGAAAUACACACAUUUGGUCCGGCCUAUGUUUAAUAUAGCCAUAAUAACCAAUUUGUAUUACUGUAUUUGUCUGAUGUGCUGAGACACAACAAAUCUAGACGUUUGUCCUGAGAACUGAAAUUCAAUGAAAUAUUAAAGCACACCUAGAUGAUACAAAACACUAGUAAAGAUGUAAGCAUUGUUCAUUUUAUUCGAGAGUGAUGUAUACGUGUGCAUUCCAAAUGAAAUGUUUGAGCAUUUGGGUUUAUGGGGUUGUAAAAGUGGACUGUACCAGAACGUCUCUUUAAAUGUAAAUGUGUUUGGGUGGUUUGUAUUGCACCUUAAAACUAAUUAUAACAUGAUGCUUUAAUUAACGGUUUAUGGAUAACUGUUUUAAUAAAUUGGAUUAUAUUUCUAUCCCCGUAUAUAAAGGUUAUACAGUGCUGCAGGACUGGAUACUGCAAUUUGGGCCAAGAUUUUUUGAAUCAGGAUUUUUGAUCGAUUGGGACAACCAACAAAAAGAUUUCGCAGCUGUAACUGAACAGAAAUCAUGUGCAUUUCUAUUCAUAACUCAUGUUGUAAGUCCUUUAUUAUUCAUGUUUUAGGAAUGUAAAUAUUAGAUGAUAAGAGGACUGGUGUUGAAUUAGUACCCCUUUAAACUGAAUUCUUCAAACCAUGUAGUCGCUUUGACAAAUGUUGUUAAAUAAUGUUGUUUCGUUUUUUAACACCCCUCAUCUCAAUUGAUUUGUGAUUAUUGUGGCAUUGGCAUGGCUGAACUUUACCGUCCAAUUUUCAAAAACAAAAUGUGUAUAUGAGACCAGCUGGUAAGACUGCUCUAAUCAUAUUGAAAACAGGAAUAGCAAAAAUCUAAUAUUUUCAAGUGAAAAUGUUGCCAGUUAUCACUAGCACCAUGUAUAACAUCUUGCUUUAGUGCAUCAGAAACCCUGUGCGUACAGAGUACUGCUUGAAGAUUUAUAAUAAUUUUCAGGACAAGCAUCAUUUCCUUGUAGGGUUGCUGUCACAUACAAUGGCAGCCAUUAUGAUAUUGCGAGGAGUGAUAAAUUGUAUUCAAUUUACUGCUGUCUCACCCUUCCCUUAAACUGAUGUGAUGUGUGCGGUGUUGAUGUAGAAUACUGCUCUCAUCUCGCUGUAUCUUACGAUGACUGCUGCUGAUGUAGGGGAUGUUUUGAUUGAUGUGAAAUGCCUGAAUGUUGCACUGUUUAUUCAGAUAUGGAGAGGGCAGAGAGAUAUUGGGUGUAAAUAUUGUUCUAUGACUUUUUUUGGGCCUACUCUACCCUCUUUGUUUCUUUUCCGAAUACACUACACGGUGUAACCAGACUGGAGGAUGUAACUAAUGCUCUGUUCUAUUUUUAACACGGGAAAAAAAAACCUUUGUACUAAUUUGCAAAUAAAAAGGCUUUAAUACCUUC